AAAUUAAAACUAUAGUUGUUGUCUACUCUUCAAGACGUAAAGCAGAUAAGAUGGUUGUCAUGAAACUGGCUACUGUAUUUUUUAUUGUUAGUUACUUCCUUAUAUGCUGCACCGAUCUCAGCAGCAGCGCUUCGAUUCCUUUAUGUGGAUGCCCCUCCACCACUACGCGAUCCGACUGUUUGAGUGGAACCACCAGGAAAGGAUCACAUUGUCCCGAACAACCAGCCCAGCAAACCCAACCAACUCAACCAACUCAACCGACGAAACCCACUCAACCAACACAACCAACUCAACCAACUCAACCAACUCAACCGACACAACCGACGCAACCAAAUCGACGGAUACGCAGACAUGCAACCCAACCAACUCAACCGACACAACCAACUCAACCGACACGACCAACUCAACCGACACAACCAACUGAACCAACACAACCGACACAACCAACUCAACCAACUCAACCAACUCAACCCACACAACCAACUCAACUAACGCAACAAAUUCGACGGGCACGCAGACCACCGACCAAUACAACCAACACAACUAACACAACCAACACAACUAACACAACUAACACAACCAACACAACCAACACAACCAAUACAACCAACACAACCAAUACAACCAACACAACCAACACGACCAACACAACCAAUACAACCAACACAACAAGGGCAAACUCGAUCUGGAAUUUACUAUAAUGGAAAUCGUUGUCAGGAUCCGAAACUUUUAUGACUUAAAAAAUGCUUAACAUUUCAACGAGAAUAAUUCUUAUUAUUUUAUUUUAAUUUUGAAUGCUAUAAGCCAUUCAAACCUAUGUUUCUGUAGCGAUAUCUUCAUGAAAAAAUAUAACACUUCGUGGUAUAUCUGUUA